AGAGAGUCAAAGAAAGAAGCACUCUCUUUCAGCUUUCCCGACAACACAGAGUCAAUGGCGGCCUAGUGCCCACCUGUUUCAUCUUCUCUCUCUCUCUCUCUUUCUCAUCAUCCACCAUUCUCUAGCCACCUCCUCCCCAACCAAUCCAGAUUCCCAAAACCACCAUGAAAACCCACCACUUCUUCUUCUUCUUCUUCUCAGUCCUCACCCUCUCUCUCUACAAAUCCAUGGCCUCAGAAGACGACAUCAAGUGUCUCGAAGGAAUCAAAGUCUCUCUCUCCGACCCACUUUCCAUGCUUUCCUCCUGGACCUUCACAAACACCUCCGUGGACUACAUCUGCAAACAACUCACCGGAGUCUCUUGCUGGAACGACAAAGAGAGCCGCGUCAUCAGCCUCCAACUCCCCACCAUGUCCCUCUCCGGUCCCCUCCCUGACUCCCUCCAGUACUGCCGCAACCUCCAGUCCCUCGAUCUCUCCGGUAACUCCCUCUCCGGUCCCAUCCCUCCCCAAAUUUGUAUCUGGUUACCCUAUUUGGUAACCCUAGAUCUUUCAAGUAAUGGCUUCUCGGGUCCCAUCCCUCCCGAGUUCGUCGAUUGCAGGUUCUUGAACAAUCUACUCCUCAAUAAUAACAAGCUGUCCGGUUCCAUUCCCUUCCAGUUGGGUCAGCUCGAUCGCUUGAAGAAGUUCUCUGUCGCCAAUAACGAUCUCUCCGGUUCGAUUCCCUCCGAUUUGUCCAAUUUCACCGCGGAUGACUUCACUGGGAACAAGGGUCUCUGUGGGAAUCCGAUUCGAUCGAAUUGUGGGAAAUUGAGCAAUAAAAGUCUAGCGAUUAUCAUCGCUGCAGGGGUUCUUGGAGCUGCAGGGUCUUUGAUUCUGGGUUUUGGGGCGUUUUGGUGGUUUUUUAUGCGUUCUGCUCGGAAAAUGCAAGGUGGGUAUGAUGGUGUUGUAGAUAAAAGCAAUUGGGUUGAGAGAUUGAGAGCUCAUAGGCUUGUUCAGGUUUCUUUGUUUCAGAAACCCAUUGUUAAAGUCAAACUGAAUGAUUUAAUUGCAGCUACUAACAAUUUUGAUCCGCAAAACAUUGUUGUUUCUGCAAGAACAGGGGUUUCGUAUAAGGCGGUUUUGGCUGAUGGGUCGGCAUUGGCGAUUAAGCGAUUGAGUGCUUGUAAGCUUAGCGAGAAGCAGUUUCGAUUGGAGAUGAAUAGGCUGGGGGAGCUCAGGCACCCCAAUUUGGUGCCUUUGUUAGGGUUUUGUGUUGUGGAAGAUGAGAGGCUUUUGGUGUACAAACAUAUGCCAAAUGGGACAUUGUAUUCGCUCUUGCAUUGUGGUGUUGGGAAUGGUUCAUUGGAUUGGCCGGGGAGGCUUAGGAUUGCUUUGGGUGCGGCGAGAGGCCUUGCUUGGCUUCAUCAUGGUUGUCAACCCCCAUACGUUCUCCAAAACAUUAGCUCGAAUGUGAUUGUUGUGGACGAUGAUUUUGAUGCUCGUAUAUCGGAUUUUGGGUUGUCGAGGCUUAUUGGAUCGGAUUUUGAUGAUGGGUCUGUUGUGGAUGGAGAUUUGGGGGAGUUUGGUUAUGUGGCUCCUGAAUAUCCAAUGAUCAUGAUUGCUUCGAUGAAAGGUGACGUCUAUGGAUUUGGGGUGGUGUUGUUGGAGUUGGUGACAGGGCAGACGCCUCUUGGAGUGACUAAUGCUGAGGAAGGGUUCAAAGGGAACUUGGCGGAUUGGGUGAGUCAGCUCUCUGGCUCGAAUCGGAGCAAGGAUGCCAUUGAUAAGUCUCUAUGUGGAAGAGGCCAUGAUGAUGAAAUAGUGCAAAUCCUUAAGGUUGCUUGUACUUGUGUGGCCUCUAGGCCUAAGGACAGGCCUUCUAUGUACAGUGUUUAUGAGUCGUUGAAGAGCUUGGCCGAGGAAUACAGUUUCUCUGAACAGUUUGAUGAGUUUCCUUUGAACCUUGAUCUUGACUGUAAGGAGUAGAUUUUGGUGCAAAAUGAUUCAAAUGGGAUGUUUUCACAAAGCGUUAUGCAAGGAAAUGCUCAUUUCUUGUAUAGUUUGCAGGAAGUGCUAUGUGCCAUAUAUAACCUUUUACUUUCCGCAGCAUUGGUGUAGCUGCCAUUCUUCUUCCAUAAGCUGCGUCCGCAAUUCUUAAUGUUGGUAACAUGUUUAUUCUAUGUUAAAUUAUUGUGGUUUGUUUGUUGUGCAAUAUACUUUUUCUUUGUUAGUUGAUAUCUCA